ACAAAGAAAGAGCAAGAGGGAGCGGCUGCGCAGCUCACAGUGCCAUUUGUGGUUUUUGUUUACAUUCGUGGUUACUUGUAAAUGUACGCUUACUUUCGGGCUGCGUAAGCUGUGACAGUCCAUCGCUCCACAUGAUGACCACAGAGCCUGCUAGCCUGGAGAGCCUGCAUGUGCUGUACCAGAGCGACGACUACAUUGUGGUGGACAAGCACUGGGACAUCCGAAUUGACAGCAAGAUGUGGUACGAGAAACACACAGUGCAGUCUCAACUUCGGCUCCGCUUCCCCCAGCUGGCAGACCCUAGCACCUACUAUGGAUUUAGGUUCUGUCAUCAGUUGGAUUUCUCCACCAGUGGGGCUCUUUGUGUUGCCCUCAAUAAAGCUGCCGCGGGCCGGGCCUACCGCUGCUUCAAGGACCGCACCGUCACUAAAGCCUACCUCGCCCUGAUUCGUGGCUGGGUGGAAGAACAGACACAAACUCUGGGCUUCUCCAUCGGCAAGAACUCCUCAGAGGGGAAAACACACAUGAUGUGCAUUGAGGGAACAGAGGGCUGUGAGAAACCCAAGCCUUGCCAGACUGAGCUGACAGUGUUGGAGUAUGGGUUGUAUGAUGGAGAUCCCGUCACCAAGGUGCUACUGCAGCCGCUCACCGGCCGAACGCACCAGUUAAGGGUUCACUGCAGCGCAAUAGGCCACCCCAUCGUCGGGGACUUCACCUACAGCUCGGGAGCGGACGACGCCCCGUACCGCAUGAUGCUGCACGCCCACCUCCUCCACAUUCCCCUGGAACCUCAGCCCUUGCUCGUCUCUGCCGGAGACCCCUUUCUCCCCACGGUGGAUCCCAAGUGGCUCCCGCAGCGCUCAAUAAGGACACUGACAGCCACUGUGGAGGCCCUGCUGGAGCACAGGGUGGAAGAGGACAGGAAGAUUAAAGAGGAGGAGAGAGAGAGAGCGAAAAGAGAGGAGGAGAGGAGGAAACGAAGCAAGGAACAGAGCACUGAGGAGGAGAAGGAGGAGCAGAGGAGGCAAUGUCAGGAGUGGCUGAGUGAAUGGGCUGGAGACUGAUGGAAUCUUAUGUGUUGUUAUUUAUUUAUAUUUAUUUCAGCUGUUUACUUAUAAAAGCCAUGUUGAGCAUGCACGCUCCAUCUCAGUGACCAGCUGUGUUGCAUUUCAAUGGCAUAUUUCGAAGUGGACCAGUAACUUAAUUCCCUCACAAACCAGUUAUUACCUUUGUGUUAGAAAAAACUUGUGUGAGCAUGUAAACUGCUGCUCUCUUAAACAAUUCAUACCACUGGGAGCUGCCCACUAUAACCAGUCUUUUGCAUUGGGUAAAUGAGCAGCUCCACUGCAGUAGCUGACAAAUAAGUGCCUUGCUCAAGUCUAUGGUGAUAAGUGAGGGGUUGAGUUAAUGUCAGUAAUUUCUUAAUUAGUGUAAUAGUUUUUAAUUACUGAUUUUUUUCGUCACAUAUCUGUGCGGUAAAAGGUGAAAUGAAUAUUUAAAAAAAAAAAAAAGAAAAACGUAAUCCUGUCAAUCCAUCAAGCCAUGCAGAUAAUUGUAGGCUAAUGUGCCAAAGUUAUUAGAUAUUUGUCCCUGAUCUGAACAGCAGUGGUUAGUCGGUUUUUGUCCUCAACCAUGCUGGUAAGUCCAUGUGUUUUGUCACAUAUGCUGCAUGGCUUUGACAUACAUGAAAUCCCAUGUAAAUGCUUAAAGCCUACUAUACUGUAUGUUUCUUUGCAUUUUUAAAGUAUUCAGCCACCUUUUUGUGCUUUGUGGCCCACCUUUUUCAUGUUACAUUGUUUUAAAGCUUUGAAACUCACUGUUUAACAUUAA